AUGCAGUUCUUUGGGCGCCUGGUGGACACGAUCAACAGCGUCACCCAAAUAUUCACGAACCCUUACCGGGUGAGGGAGGUGUCGGCUCUCUAUAAGAACAACCUCACUCGCUCGUGGGAUUGCCUGCUGGUGAAUCCCCAGAGCCCACAGAUCGCUUUCCGGCUCUUCCAGCUCGACAACGAAGCAGAUGCCCUGGUGCGUUUUGAGCAUUACGCUGGGCAACUGCGCCCUUUCUACGAGAGCUCACACCAGCCCUUGUCGCUGGAGGAUCUCCAGCAGCUCAGCGACUGCUUCCGCAACCACCCCAGCUGGUCCUCAGCACAUGUUGCAGUGGAGAUCGGCCGUCGUGAGAACUUCCGGCACAACCAUAUUCUGAGCUGCGUGAACAGCACGGACAGCGAGGAUGGCUGCACCCCGCUGCACCUGGCGUGCCGCAAGGGAGAUGUGGAGUGCCUGCUGGAGCUGCUGGAGUGCCACGCGCGCAUGGACAUCACCGACAGGAACGGGGAGACCGUUUUCCACUAUGCUGUGCGAGGGAACAGCCCCCACAUCAUCGAGCUCCUGGGCAGAAUCCCAACUGCUGGCUUGGACCACCUCAGCCAUGAAGGGCUGACUGCUCUGCAUCUCGCUUGUCAGCUGGGCAAGGAGGACAUGGUUCGGUCUCUGCUGAAGUGCCAUGCCAGCUGCAGUGUCAUCGGGACGCUGGGCUACCCCAUCCACACGGCACUGAAGUUCUCCCAGAAGGGGUGCGCCCAGGCCAUCCUGGAGGUGGACGCUGGCCAGGUUCACUCCAAGGACCCGCGCUAUGAAGCCACUCCGCUGCACUGGGCGAAGAAGGCAGAGAUGACGCAGCUGCUGCUCGAGUACGGCUCCGAGGUGAAUCUGACCAGCCGGACAGCUGACAUGGCUCUGCACAUCGCGGUCAAGAGGGGACGCUUUGACUGCGCUAUGGUGCUCCUGACACACGGGGCCCGCACCAACGCCAGGGGUCAGGAUGGCAACACACCACUGCACCUGGCCAUGAAGCAUGACCACUUGGAUAUGAUCAAAGCAAUCAUCGUGUUUGGAGGAGAUGUUGAGAUCCCCAAUGAUUUUGGCGAGACACCAGGGCUGCUGGCUGCCAGGAGCAGCAAAGGUGCGAACCGGAAAGUGCUCUUAGACCUGCUGCAAACUAUAGGGACCGAACGCUGCCACCCACCCAACCCUGACUCCCCAAGCCUGGCACCAUCUGCCGCCUCCUUCCUGGAAGGCCAACCUUCCUCGCGGAGCAGCUUCAACAGCUUAGGGUACAAGGAUCUUCUGUAUGUUUCCGCAACGCUUGGACAGUUGGUGAAGGCACCUGAUGUUGUGGACUCAGACAGUGUGGGUAGAAGAAAUCACGAUCGCCUCCUGUGCUUGGAUGGAGGAGGCAUCCGGGGCCUGGUGCUCAUCCAGCUCCUCCUGGCUAUCGAAAAGGCUGCGGGCCGUCCCAUUCGUGAGAUUUUUGACUGGAUUGCUGGGACCAGCACCGGUGGGAUCUUGGCUUUGGCUAUUGUACACGGGAAGUCCAUGGACUACAUGCGCUGCCUGUACUUCCGCAUGAAGGACAUGGUGUUCCGGGGGUCUCGGCCCUACGAGUCGGAGCCCCUGGAUGAGUUCUUGAAGAAGGAGUUUGGGGAAAACACCAAAAUGACAGAUGUCCAAAAACCCAAGGUUAUGGUGACAGGGACGUUGUGCGACCGGCAACCAGCUGAGCUCCACCUGUUCCGGAAUUACCCUGUUCCGGAGACAAAAAUCUCCACGGAAUACAAGACAAGUGCAUCUUUCAAACCACUCACUCAGCCAGAAGAUCAGCUUGUGUGGCGCGCUGCCCGCUGCAGUGGUGCGGCCCCUACUUAUUUUCGGCCGAUAGGCCGCUUUCUGGAUGGCGGGCUGCUAGCCAACAACCCAACCCUCGAUGCCAUGACGGAGAUUCACGAGUACAACAAGACGCUGAUCAAGAAGGGCCGGAAGCAGGAAGUAAGAAAAUUGGGGUUGGUGGUCUCCCUGGGGACAGGGAAGCCUCCGCAGGUCCCAGUGAGCUCUGUGGAUGUUUUCCGCCCCUCCAACCCUUGGGAGCUGGCAAAGACUGUCUUUGGGGCCAGGGAGCUCGGCAAGAUGGUGGUGGAUUGUUGCACUGACGCAGAUGGCCCAGCUGUGGAGCGUGCCAGGGCCUGGUGUGAGAUGACAGAUGUCCCGUAUUUCCGGCUCAGCCCUCAGCUGCACACGGAGGUGAUGCUGGACGAGGUAAACGACACGGUGCUGGUGAACGCGCUCUGGGACACCCAGCUCUACAUCUACCAGCAGCGGGAGCAGUUUGAGCAGCUGGUGCGACAUCUGUGUCGAUGA